AUGACCCCGAGAAACACCCCCCCGUUCCCGGAUCAAGGAGGCACUGCCUUCUUUCUCACACCGCAGUCGCGGGGCGAGUUUCUGAGGGGGAGGAGCAGCGCGGGUUCCCCACGGACACCCCACCGGGAAGCCGUUCCGCGCAAGCCCGGAGGAGCGGGCGGUGGGGGGGGGGACCGGCGGCGGCAGCAGGGAGGAGGCGACGGCGGGGCGGGCAGCGGGCCCGGGGCGUGGCGCGGGUCCGGCGGCGCCGGGAGGCGGCUCAGUCCCCGCUGCCAGCCGAGGGCGGCCGGCCCCGCGGAGCAGCCGCCCAGCCCGGCCCGCCCCGCGCCGGAGCCGCCGCCGGCCGGCGAGGGCGGCAGCAUGAGCGGCGGGCGUAGCGGGCGAUCCGCCGUGAAGAUGGAGGCGCCGUUUUAUCCCGAGGAAGGACUGGAGCUGCUGCCCGACUUCGUGCCGCUGCCGGGUUUCGGUACCGCCGGCGGACCUGGAGCCGAUGCGGCGGCGGGGCAGAAGCUGCUGCUGGGCGCCGGGAAGAAGCGGGACCUGCCGGCUGCCGCCCCCGCGCCGCUCCCGGGGCCCUUCGCCCUUCGUCCGCCUGCCGGCGCCCGCGGCAGCGCGGCGGCUCUGCGCUUGCUGCCGCCGCCGCCGCCCGCCGCCGCCCCGCCGCCCACCGCGGGCUCCGCGGAGACGGGGAGCGGCGGCGGGGCGGCGGCGGCCCGUGGCGGCCCUGAGGCCGCGCUGGGAACGGCUGCGGAGCUGCCGCUGCUGAAGCUGCCGCCGGCCGCUGACCUGGAGCAGCUGCUGAUCCAGGGGGGCGCGGGGCUGGGCGCGGGCAGCCCGGGGCCGACGGCGCCCGGGGCAGGGAGCGGCGGGGCGGCGGCGGCGGGGCCGUUCCUCUACCGGCAGCCGGUGACGCAGGAACAGGAGGGUUUCGCCGACGGCUUCGUCAAGGCCCUGGCCGACCUGCACAAGCAGAACCAGCUCCUGGCGGCGCCGCCGCCGCUCUCCGCGCCGGGACCCUGCUGCACCGCCCGCCCGGGGCCACCAGGAGCCCCCGCCGCUGCCGCCGCCGACCCUCCGGCCGUCUACACCAACUUGAGCGGCUUCAACCCCGCGGGGCCGCUGAGCCCCUCGGGCAGCGCCUACCCCUCCGCCUCCGCCCCGCCGCCGCCGCCGGGCCUGGCCUUCGGGGCGGCGGGUCUGGGGAGCGGGCGGCUGCCGCCGGCGCGGUCCCUGGAGGAGCCGCAGACGGUGCCCGAAGUGCCGCCGUCGGCGGGCGGGGAGGGCGGCAGCAGCGCGCCGACGCCGCCGUCGCUGUCGCCGCUGGACGCGGAGAGCCAGGAGCGGCUGAAGGCAGAGCGCAAGCGGCUGCGAAACCGCAUCGCCGCCUCCAAGUGCCGCCGGCGGAAGCUGGAGCGCAUCGCCCGGCUGGAGGAGAAGGUGAAAGCGCUCAAGGGGCAGAACGCCGAGCUGGCCGCCACCGCCAACCUCCUCCGCGCCCAGGUGACCCAGCUGCAGGGUCGCGUCCGCAGCCACCUCUCCUCUGGCUGCCACAUCAACGCCGCCGGGCAUCCUCCUCCUCCUCCUCCUCACGCCGCCGCCCAGCCGCGGGAGACUCCCCCCGAGGCGGCCGCCGCCGCGCCGGAGACCAGCGCCUGCUGAGGAGGGACACCCCGCCGGCCCCGGCCCCGGCCCGCCCGGGGGCACCGCGGGGCAAGGUGCGCGCCUGCCGCCGCCCUUCUGCUAUUAUUAUUUUUUUUAUUUUUAUUAAUUAUUAUUAUUUAUUUACGCCCGGAGAAGGUGGUUUUUUUUUUGCGGGAGCCGGGUGUUGCUAAGCGUUUCCCGAGUUCUGUCGAUGUCGCAUUCAGCAGCGAGGGUCUCCGUGGGUGGUUCUGGGGCAGGUGGUUGUUAAUUUUUCAGUGAAGUACUUGAGGUCUGUCGAGAUUUCCGAAAAUAAGAAAAUUACUGUUUACAGAAAGAUUCAACUUUAUUUUCAUGGGGGAUAUAAAACGUGUGUUUCCUAAUACACCUUACUGAACUGUAUAGCAAUGGAUAAGCUUUUCAAACUUAAAAAAAAAAAAAAUAGCCAGAGUCGUACCUUUUGAAAAGAUGUGCGUGUAUAUAUAUAUUUAAAACAUAAUAUGGCUAUGUAUAUUUUCUUGGUAAUGAUAAAGAACCUUUUUUAAAAUACUGUCUUUCUCUAGAGCUUUAAUUUGCCAUUGAGAGUUAAGACAGCUGUGUGGGUGCUCUUGCACUUACAUGGCUUUGAUUUUCAAAUCGAACCCUGGAGGGAAAUGAUUUUUGUUGUAAAUCUUAAGCAGAUUGAAAUGCAUUGCUGACUCAGUCAUAGGAAAAUAGUUUUCUAAACCUGUAUGCUCCAUAUUUCUUGUGCCAGUGCGAACUUGGGGCAUUGAUAGUUAUUUAUUGAAACUUGAACACUUUUUGGACGUUGCCUAGACCUUAUUUUUCUAGAUAACACGUUAGUAGAGAAAAUGGUUACUUUGGCAAAAAGAGCUUUACUUUUUUGUUUGGUUUUUUUUUUCCUUCACUGUGUACAUUCCAGUAGUAUGUGCUCUUUCCAUGGUAUAGUAACAAUUCAGUGCUAUACAGGAAAGGGCUCAGAUUUGGGGUGGGUUAGCUGUAAAGGUGGUAAUUCCAUUGUAUUCUGUUUGAAUAAAUCACAGAAAUAUUAUGGAGAAUUAGAUUUAUUUUUCAGUAGAAAUCUGUAUAUCUUGCUUCUUGGUCUACUUUGUUCUAAAAAAACUUUCUGCAAUACUCUAGAGACAGAAAGAGUCGAUGCUAGAAUGUGAAGUGUUUUACUGGUUGGGAAGAAUUGGUGUGAUUUAUUUCUUUGUCGAGAAUUUACUAGUAGAAGAGUAUAGCAAAGGAACUGUUUCUUCUGAUUAGACAUAAUCCUCAAUGAGUUUUUGAGAGCUUUAGGUCCCUUGCUCGGUGCCACUGCCUUCCACGCUUCUGCUGCACCUGUGUGUUUUGAGCAUAGCCGCUAGCGCAGCGCUGCCGAGCCCUGUGGCAAUGGUGCGGUGGGAAGGGUCUGUCGGAGUGUGACGGUCACCUCACCAGAAGCCCCUGCGUGCGGCGGCCGCGGGCCGGCCCUGCCGCGGGGGGAAGGCAGGGCUUCUCCUGAGCAGAUCCAGCUGCAGUGUGGGGCCCUCUUCCUUCGUUGAAACUGUGCUAAAAACUCUGCUUGAGCUCAGAGGCAAAUCUUUCAUGGGGAUAAGUGUCUGUGCCAGCUGGUGAAAAGGGGUAAUCAUAUGAGGAGCCAAGACGGCAUAGACAUCUCUUAUGUGUACCGCAAUUGCUCAGAUCUGUUAAAGCCACUCAGGAGCUGGUAAACAUCUCUUACCUCUCCUGAAGGCUACAGCUGAUGAUUUGAAAUCCAAUAAGAAUGGGAUAGACUCACGGUUUUUCAUGCUUUUACUGGGGAUAUGUGAGUGCUAUCUGUUCAGAAAGUUGAGCUGCAGCAAUCAAGUGUAUGACCUUUUUAGUGCAUAGUUGUUCCUGGGCACAUGUAUGAAAUUAUAUGAGAAUGCGUAGUUACACUGUUACUGUAGCUGAGAUGGCUCCAAGGGUAUUUCUUUUCUUAAUGCAUAUGCAAAUUAGGUAGAAGCCAUAUUAAUCAUUGUAUAACUGUUCGAUCAUGUCACCAGAGCCUUUUUUGAUGGUUGAAAUGUUUGCCUGUAACAGUACAUUCUGCUGUUAGAAAUACUAUUAGCAGAUAAAAAAAUAUUUUGAUCUUUUAGGUUUAAAGACUUCUUAGGGGCAUUCUGAACCAUACUGCAUACAAUCUGUAGCACUGCUUGUUAUAUAAUAACUGGGUGAAAAAUAUGGUUUUUACUUUGGUAGUCAUCACCCAUCUGCAAAGAUGCUGCAAGUCUGGAGAAACUGAUGAAAAACUUAUUUCCCCCCACACUUAACACUUUUCCCUAGUGAGAGGCAAUGCUGCCUGGCAGAUGUGAGAUGCUUUACUGCAUCUGCGCAGUAAAUUUAUAUGUGAUGAGGUGAGGGUUUUUUUAAGGAAUUCUGGAAAAAAUCAUAAGAAAUUACAUGGUGAGCACCUCUACUUUGGUCCUUGUCUUUGUAAAUGAGUAUAGGGCUAAGUAAAGAUCUUGAGGUAGAACACAGGACAAUGAUAAAUACAGCUGUGCAAUACUUCUUCUUUACUUACUUCAUAAUUUCUGGUCAUAAUAAAUUAGCAAUAUCCAAGCAACAUGGGGGAUCCAUUAGGCACGAGAAAUCACUGCAGUUCCCCUUCUCAGACACAGGCAAGGCUCUAGUAGGCUGUAGUCUAGCAGGGUUAUAAUAACCUCCCCCUUUUCAGCAUGAUAAUGUUAAAGCUCAAAACCACCCCACAUUACCUCACUUGAGUUUGAGCUUUCUGCAAGAGCAGUCUCACCCCCAGCAUAUCUAAGACCUCAUGUGGUAACUUCUUUGAUAGCCUGCUUUCUGUUCUAGCUGACAACUGUUCAAUGGUAGAAGUGGUGACAGGCCGGCUCUCUUACCCUGAUGACUGAUGAGAGAUUACUAGUGAUGCUGGCAGCUACAGUUCUCUGCCAAAUGCUGCUGUUCUGGUAGUGGAGUUGUCCAAAAUAAAGGUGUUUUCUGUAGAGUGAUUGGUUACCUUCAUAAAUGCAUUUUUUUUUAAUCUAGCAUUUCGACUAAGUAACAGAAUCUAACACUGACAUGACCAAAACUUGAGAAUAGUGUUGGGGUGGUUGGAUUUUUUUUUUUCCUGCUUGGACUGGUUCUGCUAGAGGUUGCUGCAUUUUUUGCAGAUACUUGAGUGGAAAGCCUAAGCACCUAACACUUUAAACCAAUAUAAAAAGACUCAGGAGUACUUACCUGCUGCAGCUGUCAGACUUGAUUGUUCCUGUCUUCUAAAAUGUAUUAAUACUCUGACUUUCAGCCCUGCAGUGUUCCUAAAUCUUUGAAUAUGGCUUCUCUAUUUUGUCUGCCUUUUUUCUUCAGUUUGUUGUUAAAUGUAUUUGUCUUUUAGGUUUUGGUUUUCUGCCCAAAACUUUGGUCACUGUGAGAUGUUAAAAGAUAGAUACUGGGUAGAAUUUUUUCAGAAUGUUUAUAUUAUUUGCAUCCAUAUAGCUCCUUUUCAGUAAAUCCAAGCAAGCUGGCUGUGUGUUACUGUAAGAAAAACAAAAACAAAAAAUCAAAAAACCCUCAAAAACAAAACCCCAAAAAAGCAAACAAAAAUAUUAAAACCCCAAAAUAAAACAGUUAUGUUCACUGUUAGCACAGUGCUUUUUAGCGUUUUUCUUCAUCCUUCAAAACUACCAUGCUUUGUUAUACUUGUACACGCUAUUUGCUGAUCCUUGCCAAGACUCACACUGUGUGACUUUAUUUGCUGGCUACCCUCAUGUCCUUCCAAUCUGAUUUUUAUUCCAGAUGUGAACCCAUUAAAAGUAAACAUCCCUCCUUGUUUCUUUGCCCCAGGUGUAAUCUGCUCUGGAGACUAAGUAGUCUCCUCCUUUUUCUGUUUUGGUUGCUGGAUGCUUGCUCCUGUGCAUAUCUUGUUUUUUGCUCAGCAAUUUUUGAAUGUGCUUGAACCGGUAUCUUUGUUUAGAUGUGAAGUGCCUUCUUAUUUAGGUGCUACAGCAAAAGAGUUUGAUUCAUAUAUGGCUUUGAUUUAUUUGAAUUGUUACCAGUUCUUUCCUGUCUUGAAAAAUAGGAGAGGGAAUGUUUUCACUGAGAGAAGACUUGUUCACUCCUUCCUUGGGCAGAGGGUGCAGCCCCCAACAGAUCUGCCCCUGCUUGAUGUGAGUGCAAGGAAGCCACUCUGAAAACACUGACUUGAAUGAUGUCAUUGCUAAGAAAGUUGAUUGGCUUGGUCCCCAGUGUAGUGAAGUCUGUUGGAAUCACAAGGUCUCCAGACAGGUCCAGGUAGCCGGUGAGUUGUUCUCAAAACUUUUACUGUGAUUCCAGGUCGAGCCCAUUUGGUAUGCUUAGGGAGCCCUUCCGAAAGCAAUUAUUUUGUAUACUUUGAGAAACAUGGGUGUUUGGACGUGGUAAGUCCUGAUCAUGUGAGGAGCAAUUCUGGUGGUGAUGGUCAUGUUUUCUGUUAUAAGACUUUGAUGGUCUUCCAAAAGGCAAAUAUCUCAACACAUCUGGACUCUUCACUGUAUGUCAGUAGUCACUGCUGACUGCUGUGCAGUGUUCGAGAUCAAGGGUGGCUCUACGACAGUUCUCUGUUAUCUUGGUUUGUAUUUAUGUCUUUACAGAAGAAGGAGUCAUGAGGCAUCCUUCAUUCCUUUAAAUAUCUGAUUGACUCUCUGUUUCACCUUUGACAAAGGAGUGGCCUGCCCAGGUUAAGCCCUGAGGCACUCUGCACUUUGCAAAUGUUAAAGUGGAAAUUUAUUCGGCAACUAAUUUGUAAUCAGUUAUAUAAGUCAUUGAUGUUUCCCAAAAUACUGAAUAGUGUUGUUUGAUAGCUUCUGAAGUACAGGUGCAUGCCAGGUCUGAAUUACUAGUUGUGCUGAAGAUAGUUAUCUUGGCUGCCAUAACUGGAGUCUUAAAUAUUUGAAUCCAGUAGGUUCUUAGAGAAAAUUUUUCUAUAUCUGAGAUGAAUGUGGAAGAGCACAAAAACCCAUCUAUUUGUAACAUAAGUCAUUCUUUGAUGCAUUUUAUGUGUCCUGCUUCUGGAGUGCAAGUUAAAAAAGGAAAAGCAAUGAGUUACAUUUUCGUUUAUUCAUACAUGCAGCUGUAGCUGCUGCUGGAUAAUUUUGCUCUUUCCUUACUUGAUUGUCCAAGUGUCUAUGUUUAGCAAGUAGACAAAUUGAAGUAUGACAUAUCUGUGUACGUAUUUGAUUUGUACAAAAUCACUUCCAUUUUUCCAGUUUUUUGUUUGAAGUUUUACUGUAAGAAUGAGUGUUGAAGAGUUCUUAGUCUGUUUUGAUGCUUGUUGGUCACUACUUUUGAUCUGUACUCUCUAUAGUAACUGCUCAUCUUCCAGCAGAGGUGGACAGUAAAGUAUGUCAGGGAUUCCCCUCUUUCAGUAUUUGGCAAGACCUGUAUCAGCAGAAAAAAAUCUUGGGCAGAACCUUCCACAGUGUGUAGUAAUUCUGCAAAUGUUCUCUCUUCCUUCUCACACCAUGGUCACUUGUUGUGGAGUUUCAUCAGGGUUUUGUGUAUCUGAUGAAGAAUGAUAAGUGUUCCUGUGACAAAGUGCAGAAUCUAAAGUUUGUAAGAAACUUGUUCAUCUUGCUGCACAUAGUGCAACUUUACUAUGAAGAUGUUGAAUUAAAUCUGAAUGUGUGGAGACUCAGGCCUUUAUGGUACAUUAUGGGAGACAAGAGGUUUUAGUAAUUCAUAAUUACUCCUCUCCAGUGUUUCAGAGAUCUGUCUCUUUUUGUCCUAUGAAGUGUCUUGCAGCUGUUUGUGCUGUGAAACUUCUCUCUUCGUAACGACACUGUAGCUUGGAGGUGGGACAGAAGCAGCUUCCCCAUGAACUGGUCAUGUGUGACAAGCUAAAUGUAGCUUUCUGAGAAGUGCUGCAACAGUGAGGGCACAGCGGAGAGCCUGCUGUUGUUUGUGUGUUUCUAAAAGCGUCUAGAAAUGUAUACACAUAAAUCAUAAAAAGAGCAGCUUUCCAAGGAACCAUCCUGUUGCCUUGCUAUGAGCAUUGAUUCUUGCUGUUUGUUUUAAUCCGCGAGCACUUUUUCCUAAGCUGUUGCAUACCUGAAGGCUUACUUUCUGCAUCAACAUAAUCACAAACCGGAUCUCUGCUUGGAUGUUGAAACAGUUGGCUUCAUACAGGUCAAUCAGAAUGCCUUGCUCUAGUUGUCUUCGAAGGGUCCCAGUGGGGAAACAGUGGUGGGGAGGAAGGAAACUAGUCUAGGAUCUGUGUCUUCACACCUGUACUGUGUAUUGAAAUGCAACUUUCAGCUGAGUAGUCUUGACAAAAGUGCAUUACUGAUGUAAAAACUGUGAAUCUUGAUCUUGUGUCUGCAGGGGACACAAGUUCUUGUGCUGGAGUCUUUGGGCACUAUCCUCUUAAGUCAGUGAGGACUAACUGAAGAAACAGCAAAUCCAGCCUUUAUGAACUAAUUCUUCUGAGGCACAGAUACCUGCAAAUGCAUGUUGAGGUGUUGUGAGUAGACACCAGCAUGCAUAGAGACGGGGAUGGCCAAAGGAAGGAACUGUGAUUUUCUUAGCUGCAGCAGUACACAAUGGGGUUUUUCAUAUGCUUUUGUUGUGGUCAAAUUCUUCCAGAAGAAGACUAAGCUGCAUUUCUGUGUGUGAUCACAAGGUGAUUUUUUAGAUUUCCAGUCAAAUUGGAGGACUGACAAGCUUUGCAAUGCUCAAUUAACAUGAAAAAAUAACUUAUUCUGAAGUCACAUUUAGCCUUAAUGUUAUCUGAAGUGCUGCAGUUCAUGUGUAGUAGUUUACUAUAAGGUGAAAUGAUUAUCAUAAAUAAUGUUUUAAAGGAGUCACCUUAAAUAGUUAUCUACAUGAUGUUUGCUUUUUUGUCUGCUUUCAAAAAGUCUCUCUAUCCAUAGCAUAGCUAGCUGUAAAUUGAGCUUUGCUCUCAAUUUCAAGUACUAAUAACAAACAGGGUCUGCAAUAGUUUAAGGAGUAAAUGUUCUGGCUAAAGACCGACCAUUUCUGUAGGAAUGCUUUGAAGGGAUGGCUGGGCUUGAAGCCUUGCUGACAUGGAGAUAAUAAAUAUGACCAGUUCACUGUGCACUAAUACACUGCUAGAUUCUGUUAUUUAGCACACUGCUGAUAAGAUUUACUACUACUGUUACUUACUAGUUAAGAAGUAUGAGUGGAAUUGUAAGUCACCUAAAUAGAGUCCAUGCAGUCUGGAGAGCUUUCUUGAUGGAGAUCAGUAACAGACUCCCAUCCCAUACUAAAGGGAGCAAAAAGAAAGCCUUUGGUUGCAGUCUGUGUUUUGGUUUUGCAAGUCAAAUUACUUUUUUAGGUUGGGUCCUGUUUUACCUCAAAAUUUAUUUGACUAAAUUUGAAAACCUUUCUAAUAAGUACCUUGAAGCAUGUCUUGCAACUGUUCAGUUGCAAUCAGUGGUUGUACAACUGUGGUAUUACUUCUGUCAUAGAUGAAGAAAGCUGAUACAGUUAAGAGUCAGGGUUCUCACUGCAUCCCUGUUCUUAAACAAUGGACUGAACAGGUGAAAAAUCAUGACCAGUAGCUUGAAUUCUGAGGAGGUGGUUGAUACCAUUUUCUUGUCCUCUUCAGAGAGCUUCCUGCUACCCCAAGGAAUGUGCCCCUUCUGCCUCAUAUGGAAAAUUGACCUUUAAGAACAAACAGUUUUAAACUAACUAACUAACUGACUAACUAAAGAUAGUCUUCUGGUACAUGCUGAGUAAUUUGGAAGAUAACAUACUGAACUUGACAAUCUUUCCCACACUUCUGUUUCAUAAAUCUUCAGAUUUUCUUGUAACAGGACACAAGCAAUGGCGAAGUGUCAAAUAAAGUUAGUGUUCUGUUCCAGAGAGUGUAUUUUGGAUAGUCUCCUUCUUUUUCCCUAGUAACAACUAUGGAAGGAGAGCAAUAGGAGAUACUGAUAUAUAACUUGCUGUUCUUCACAAGUAGAGCCAGACUUUGAAUUUUUUGAUUUUUCCAAUUUUUAACAUUCUUUUAGUAUCCUUCAUGACAGGGUGACAGAAAUAGUGAGGAAGUACUAUUAGGGAGUUAAAUGUUCUUGCGACAUCUAAUGUCACAAGAUUAGAUGUGACAGUGAUUUUUUACAGUCUUUGUGUGCACCCUGUAAGUGAAAUCACUGCCCGUAUACAAGCCAGUAUGUCCACGUGGUAUGAUACCACUUUCUCGGCAGGCCAAUUGUGUCUAAUAAAAUGUACAUCUUCAUUCCUUUCCCCUCUGGUAAUAGUUAGAGGUGAUAGUCAAAGUUAUCAGCACCAGGAUGAAGAAAAAAAAAGGAGCAGAAUACGAGGAAAAAGUAAUAUUUAUCUCUGAAACAGUAUUUAAUGGUAAUGUCUGUUGUAUGUUUAAGUGCAGAUAAUUAAGUCUGCUGUUCAGAAUGCUUUUUAACUUUGUUUUGUUAUUACUGCUUGAUUGUCUUCUAAAUGUCUCUUCUUUAGAAACUGUGCCCCUCCCUGUUUGACCUGAUGACUAGUGAUUUCACACUUACCCUUAUUUAUUUAAAGCCAUGGCAACCACCGUACUGAAAUGUCAUCAAGUAAAGCCCAGGUCUGCGUGCUGACUGGUGAUGCAAAGGUCUGCUCUCUAAUAAAAUGCAGCCCAUGAAGGACGAGCUCCAAAAGGCAGCUACGCCCUUCGUAGCUUCAAGCAUUUGCUCUAAUUUCAGGGCUUUGCCAUGUGGUGUUGCUCAACGUGCAGCAAAACAAGUUCUUGCGAGCCCCUUGAGCAUUCCUCCUCAUGUAACAGAUUAAAUAUUCAGGCUUCAUUAACUCUCCCACCCACCCCUCCAAGAAAAAAACCUAAACCAAACCAAAACCCCACAGAAUCAAAACCAAACCUGAAACAAAAAGCCCAACACAAGUAUAUAUUGGAGGAUUGUUUCGCUUUAUUGCAAAGUGGUGUUAAUUACAGAGAGGCUUAGUGCAGUUCUGACAUGUGAGCCAUUAAUCUAAACACUCCCAACAGUGAUUUUGCUUUGGUUGUGCUUUGCUACUUUGUACAGGACAAAGGGAAGGGAGUAAGUGUUGCAAUAUAGUAUUGUGCAAUUCCUGACUUUUAAAUAGAAAAUGAUAGGCAAGUCUGCAUAGGCCUCUUGCACGCCAAAUGUAGCCACUGAUUUUUGCCACUCACACUGUUUCUAAUCAGGAAUAGGUAUACACUGGCUUCUUAAGGUCAAAAGGGGAGAAGGGGGAGAAGGGUGGAGAGAUUAAGAGGUUGCAGUACCUGUGAAGGGCCCUGAGCCUCCUUGGCCUUAAAACUCAGAAUCUGUUAGAUUACCUCUAGUUUAUGAUAUCUGAAGGUAAUUCUUAGACUCCCUGUGCAGCAUCUUACCAGGAAAGGCAGCUGGGUCUGUAUUGCUGAGUAAGUCUUUUGGUGAAGUAGCUCUUCAGCUUUCUGUGUUUUUCCAUCUGUGGAGUUGUAGCACAUUCUUCCAGGACAGUUUCUCUUUCCUGCAGUGGCUCAUCUAAAGUUGGCUUGUUGCUCCUGCAGUUUCUGCCUAUAGUGAAAUAUCAAUCUGAGGUUUGGGGGACCACAUGUGUGCCCUCAUUGUGUGGUGUUUGUGAUGGCUAAUCUUGUAUGACUCAAGAGAGAUCCCCUUAGAAAGGAGUAGCUCCAGUUAGGUGCAGACUGGGAAGGAUGAAGUUUAUCACCCUUAGUGCAGUAUGUCUUUCUAUCAGUUCAACAGAGUAACUAACUCACAUCAGAUAAAGGAGAGUUCUUGGGCAACGGGACCCAACUUUGAAAGCUCUUGGUGGUUUCUGGUUCUUGCUGAGCUUCUGUGAUGCAGAAAAUUCUCCAUGAUCUGCAUUACUGUAAUCACAAUACCUUGUAAUGUCAUGGACUGGCGCUGCUGGUAGUAUCACACACGUUCUGUGGUCUUUACUGGGAUUCAUGCCACAUGCUAAUUAACAGAAAAAGGAUUUCCUGUAAAGGGCAAGAAUCCCCUCCCUGCUGUGCCACCACCAGCAUCCCCAAGCUCUCUUUUUGUCCCAAGAAGUGUGAGCAAACUGCUGCUUCCUAAGUUCUUUAAUCCAAGCUGGUUCUUUGCAGGCCUUCAGGCAUGGCACUGAAACUUUCUCCUUCAGGGUAGCUCUUCGAAAUGAAAGGUGGAAGCCAAGAAGUUCAAACUGGGCUUUGCUCUUCCAGCAGCUUACGUGCAACUAAUUGGUGGGUGGGUGUCUGCCUGCAUCCUUCCUUGGGUUUUUUUAAGUUGGGUUUAUGUGUACCUUCUUAUUCUGCCUUACUUAUUAGCUGGCACAGAGGAAGCCUCUGAGAAACCCUUCAAAAAUUUCUGCUUUUGGUAGAAUUUUAUAAAAUUGCAGCAUGUGAACAGAUUCAAAAAUCCCAACCAAAAAGAACCAAAAAAACCAAAAACCCAACAAAAUAAAAAACAAAACAAAACAAAAAAAAACACCACAAAAGCAAUCCAAAACAGACAGCAAAAGAAAUAACUCUGUAUGGAUAUUGAUUUUGUGAAGUCUUUAAACAGGUAUGCUGGCAAGGGCAUUGCACACAGAUGGAGAUAGUAGUGAAACAAAAUUCAGUAGCUACUCAUUUGCUGGAUUUGGUCAGGAGAGAUUUUAAAGGACACUUCUGAGACCUUUUUUCUGAUGUGGUGAUUUUUUAAAAUGUAAACAAGCUACAGGGCUUAAUAAUGCACAACUGAGGAUUAUGUCCAUUGUAAUUUUUUACAGUACUUUUACUAAUUGUAUUAUAUUCAAAAUACUUAUUUCUGAGACAAAGUGGACGAUACUAGUGGGCAUCUUGCACUUGAUUAAAUGUAAAACAUUUUCUUAAUUUAGUGAUGUGUUUAGGAGAAUACUGUAACUUACUGAAUAUACAACAGUGAUAACUGUGUUUACAAUAAUUAUAAAAUUCCUACUGUUCAGUGGUAGCCAACUUGUUUGAGAAUUGAAAGUAAGGCAUACUGCAAUUGGCAAUCUUGGAAAAAUUAACUCAAUGCUGCUACCACUAAAUACUGUGGGAUGGAUACCGUGGGUUUAAAUGGCAGCAGGAUUGUAUUCCAAGCCUCUGUCUUAAGUACUUAUGACUAAAAGGCGACUUGCCUUGUGCUCAUUUAUGUAUCCCUGUGUGUAGUACAUCAGUUAGAAAUCUGUUAAUGAUUGAUUUGUAACAUUAGGACCUUUAUGGAGAUCACAGUGGGGUUUUUGUUUGUUUUUGUUUGUGAGCAGACACUUAGACAUUUUGGAAUGUAUAACAUUGAUCCUUGUGCUGGAAUUGUUUACAUGCAAAAAUGUAUUUAUGAUUUUUUUGCAAACUGCAAUGUGCAAUUUUGUACAUGUGUUUUAAACUACAGAGUUUAUAAGGAAGAUAUUGUAUGUACAAUACUUGGACAUGAGUAUUAUUUCUUUGAUAUAAAUAUCUAGAGGAAAAUUAAAAUUGCUUUAUAUUCAUAUUUUUGGCUGUGUUUUUUAUUAUUUCAGCAAGAAAUUUAGAAGUCGGCUUAAGGCAUAGAGAUUUGGGCUUUUUAAGAAGUACUUUAAAAUCGUGCUUGAUACACUGAUUCCUUUGAUUGUGUCGACACACUGAAGUGCAAGGAGGGACGAACUUCUUGUAAAAAUGUUGUUCUUUGGGAUAACUUCCCAAUAUAUCUAUAUCUAUAUCUAUAUCUAUAUC